AUGGAGGAGCCCAGAAAGACGAACAAGAAGGCAAAGAAAGCAAAGGUUAAGAAAGACAAAUGGGGGCAGCCACUGCUUGUCCCUGUCGACGACGCCGAACAAGCGAGUGAAGGCGAGCAAUUUCAGUGGACCGUUGAGGAGAAGGCGGUGGUGCCGGAAGAAGGUACCGAAUCUCAUGAAAUUACCAAGGUGGUAGUCAGCGACAAUCUAAUUCAAGUUUAUGAUUUCUUCCAGGGUCAUUUUGAUGACGUUGAAAGAGCACCUAUCUUGCCAUCUAAACCCCCUAAGGAGACCAAAGAGAUAGAUGAAAAUAAGAGUAAGAAGGGGCUUGCCGAGAUAUAUGAGGAAGAAUAUGCACAGAAGAUGAGUCUAGCUCCAGCUCUUCUUUCUGCUUCUGAUAAACUUAAGAUUGAGGCAACAAUGCUAUUCAAAAAGAUUUCCUUAAAGUUGGAUGCGCUGUCUCACUUCCAUUUUGCUCCAAAGCCGGUUAUUGAGGACAUGUCUAUACAAGUCAAUGUAGCUGCUCUAGCAAUGGAAGAAGUUGCUCCAUUGGUCGUCUCAGAUGCGGCUAUGCUUGCCCCUGAGGAGAUUUUUCAUGGAAAAGGAAACAUCAAAGAAGAGGCAGAGUUAACAAAAGAAGAGAGGAAAAGGAGACGGGCCAACCAGAAAAGAAGAUUUAGAUGA